AUGGAGUUGCAUGCUACACUCCUAUUAACCUCCCUUGUUCUCAUAGGCCUGCUACCACACACCCCUCAAGCCAUCACCCAAGGAAAUUGUGAAAGAUCUGGCCUGUGCACGUAUAUUGUACGUGUGAGCCCUCCUCCAAAUAUUUCCAUGGCUAUGAGUCCCAGUAACUUUGAAAGCUGGUAUAGAUCAUUCCUCCCCCCACAUAUGGAAAGAUCGCCUCGAUCAGUAUCACCAUUCAUCCAUACCUAUAAAGAAGCCAUUCUCGGGUUUGCUAUAGACCUCACAGAUGAUGAGGCAGAGUAUGUCAAGAGCAAAGAUGGGGUCCUUAUGGUGUACAAAGACACCCUUCUUCCGCUCUUGACAACCCACACACCUGAUUUCCUAAGCCUACGACCAAAUGGAGGGGCUUGGGAUAGCUUAGGCAUGGGCGAGGGAAGCAUCAUUGGUCUCCUAGACACGGGGAUAGAUUCGGCACACAGCUCUUUUGGCGAUGAGGGCAUGUCCACGCCGCCUUCUAAAUGGCGUGGAUCCUGCCACUUUGAUAGUGGUCAUUGCAACAAGAAGCUUAUUGGCGCAAGGUCAUUGAUUGGUGGCCCAAAUAAUACCGAGGUUCCAUUGGAUGAUGUUGGCCAUGGAACACACACUGCUAGCACGGCCGCUGGCAAGUUCGUGCAAGGCGCAAGUGUGCUUGGUAGUGGCAAUGGUACUGCAGCUGGCAUGGCCCCACGUGCGCACCUAGCCAUGUACAAGGUGUGCAACGAGCAGGGCUGCUAUGGCUCAGACAUACUUGCCGGACUGGAAGCCGCUAUCACUGAUGGUGUUGAUAUCUUGUCCAUGUCACUCGGCGGUCAUCCACAGCCCUUCCAUGAAGAUGUUAUUGCCAUCGGAACCUUUUCUGCUAUGAAGAAGGGCAUAUUUGUGAGUUGUUCUGCCGGAAAUUCCGGUCCGCUUACUGGCACACUAAGCAAUGAAGAACCAUGGGUCUUGUCAGUGGGUGCAAGCACAAUGGACCGGCAAAUGGAAGCCAUUGUGAAGCUUGGCGAUGGCCGCUCCUUUGUUGGUGAGUCGGCCUACCAACCAUCUAGCCUUGGCCCUUUGCCCCUGAUGUUUCAAUCUGCUGGAAACAUCACGGGGAAUGUUGUUGCUUGCGAGCUUGAAGGCUCUCAGGUCGAAAUUGGACAAUCUAUCAAGGAUGGUGGUGGUGCUGGCGUGAUAUUACUCGGAGCUGAGGAUGGUGGCCACACAACUAUUGCUGCAGCCCAUGUCCUACCAGCAUCAUUUCUGAACUCUCAAGAUGCUGCUGCCGUCAGAGAGUACAUCAAGACAUCCAGCAAGCCGACUGCCUCAAUCAUUUUCAAUGGCACGUCACUGGGAACCACUCCAGCUCCUGUAGUUGCUUACUUCUCGUCUAGGGGGCCUAGUACUGCAAGCCCUGGCAUUCUGAAGCCAGACGUUAUUGGACCCGGUGUGAACGUCAUUGCAGCAUGGCCGUUCAAAGUCGGACCAAAUACUGCCGGCGGCCGUGAACAUGAUACAACUUUCAACUCCAUAUCUGGAACAUCAAUGUCUGCACCUCACCUUAGUGGCAUUGCAGCUAUUAUCAAGAGUGCACAUCCAGAUUGGUCACCUGCGGUGAUCAAGUCAGCAAUCAUGACGACAGCCUAUGUCUUGUAUGGUAACAACCAGCCAAUCCAAGAUGAGCAACUCAAUCCAGCGAGUCAUUUCAGUAUCGGGGCCGGACAUGUUAAUCCUUCCCAAGCUAUCAGCCCAGGCCUAGUGUACGACACCGACGUGGAGCAGUACAUCAUGUAUCUCUGUGGCCUAGGCUACACAGAUUCUCAGGUGGAGACAAUCACGCAUCAGAAGGAUGCUUGCAACAAACGAAGAAAAAUAGCUGAAGCAGAGCUGAACUACCCUUCGAUUGCAAUAAGGGCGAGUGCAGGAAAACUUGUCGUGGAUCGGACAGUCACAAAUGUUGGAGAUGCAAUGUCAUCUUAUACCAUUGAGAUUGACAUGCCAAAGGAAGUUGAGGCCACAGUGUCACCCACAAAGCUAGAGUUCACCAAGCUCAAGGAGAACCAAACAUUUACUGUAAGUUUAAGCUGGAAUGCUAGCAAAACUCAACAUGCUCAGGGAAGUUUCAAGUGGGUCUCUAGCAAGCAUGUGGUGAGGAGCCCCAUUGUAAUAUUCUAA